AUGGUGAGCAAUCGCUCCAAUGCUGCUGAAUUCUGUCUCCUUGGCUUCCCUGGGUCCGAGGAGCUGCACCAUCUCCUGUUUGCUACCUUCAUCUUCCUCUACUCAGUGACAUUAAUGGGAAACACGGUCAUCAUCGCGAUUGUCUGUGUUGAUAAACGUCUGCGGUCCCCCAUGUACUUCUUCCUCAGUCACCUCUCUGCCUUGGAGAUCCUGACCACAUCCAUCAUCAUCCCUGUCAUGCUCUGGGGCUUGCUGCUCCCUGGGGUGCAGAGAAUAUCUCUGGCUGGAUGUGUCGCCCAGCUCUUCCUGUACCUUGCUGUGGGGACCACAGAGUUUGCAUUGCUGGGAGCGAUGGCCGUGGACCGUUACGUGGCUGUCUGUCACCCGCUGAGGUACCACGUCAUUAUGAACAGCCACACCUGCCUCUGGGUGGUAGUUGUGUCGUGGCUGUUUGGGUUCCUUUCUGAAAUCUGGCCGGUCUAUGCCACGUUUCAGCUCACCUUCUGCAAAUCAAACCUGAUAGACCAUUUUUAUUGUGACCGAGGGCAGCUGCUCAAACUAGCCUGUGAUGACAGCCUUUUCACGGAGUUUAUUCUUUUUUUAAUGGCCGUUUUCAUUAUCGUCGGUUCUCUGAUCCCCACAGUUGUCUCUUACACCUGCAUCAUCUCCACCAUCCUCAAGAUCCCCUCGGCCUCUGGCCGGAGGAAAGCCUUCUCCACGUGUGCCUCCCACUUCACCUUUGUGGUGCUGGGCUAUGGCACCUGCCUCUUCCUCUACGUGAAGCCCAAUCAGACGCAGGCGGCCGAGUACAACAAGAUAGUUUCCCUGCUGAUCUCUGUGGUGACCCCUUUCCUGAGCCCUUUCAUCUUCACCCUCCGGAAUGACAAAGUCAAAGAGGCCCUUAGAGAUAGUGUGAAAGGCUGCUGUCAACUUGUCAAGGAUUAA